AUGGCUAGAUCACCAAUUUCAACAUCACUGUGGAAUAGCAAAGUUAUUUGGUUCUGGCAGUCGAAUUCCAAUCGUUUCGAUGAAAAUGAAGACAACGAAUGGAAAUUUUAUUCAGAUUUUGAAAAUAAAUUCAUCGAAAACUCUUACCAAAAUCAAGAAAAUGAAGUAGAACUAAAUAAUUAUAAAAUCGAUUUCAAAAGAAAUAUACAAUUCGAUAAGCAGGAUAGAUAUAAACAAAGACCAGUGAAACGUCAAAUAAUCGAUAUCAGUAAUUAUGUCCGACAAGAGAGAUUUUGUUUUCCGGAAGAGCCACUGAAGUCAUUUGCAAACCAUGAAGAGGGAGCUAAUUUAUACACAUCGUGGUUCAUAACACACUAUGAAAUAGCAGAUACAGGUUACAAAAAUCUUUAUCCAAUUGCUGAGCUUGUUGCUCAAGGCAUUUUAAUAGAAGGCAAACUCCUAAAUGAAGAGUUUGAUGCACAGCAAAUGGCCGACGAAUUAAAAUGUUGCAAAGGUGAUGAGGAAAUAAAAAGGUGCGCUGUUCGUCUUUAUUCAGCCGAAUCAUUUCUGUAUAAGUUGCUAAAUCAAACAUUAAGAAAUGAAGAUAUGAGUAAAAUUGAAACCUUAGGUCCACUCUGUCAUUUGUUGAACGCAAAUAUGUAUUGUGAUGUAUCUGAUAAAGAACAAAUUGUUUAUCGUGGUGCAAAUCUUACUGACGGCAUACUUGAAGAAUAUAAAAAUGCUAUCGACACAGCAAUCCAAUGGUUGUCAUUCACGUCUACAUCAAAAGUCCGUCAAGUAUCAGAAAACUGUGGCAAUACAUUAUUCAUUAUUCGACUUCAUGAAAAAAGUUUACAAAGUCAAUUUGAUCUAUCCUCUGUUUCAUACUACCCUGAAGAACAGGAAGUAUUGCUACCAAUUUCUUAUAAUUUUCAUGUCGAUAAAAUUGAACACGAUUCAACAAGUGGGAAAUACUUGAUUUAUAUGACAGGAAACCGAGAAACAUACUAA